UCCCAUUCUAUCCCAAAGCCUCUCCUGCCUCUAGGCACGCGCUAUCAUCUCCUGGCUUCAAUUCACUGGUAACUUUUACUAGACAGUGACAACCGUCGCAUAGUCUAUAUGUAGUAGUGUUUCCCAACCCAUGAUAUCAGGAUGUUCCCAAAUGUCACAGGACAUUUUGAAAAUAGGAAUAGGAAUAUGAAAAUACCAAAGAGGAUAAAUGUUUACUUCACAGUUUUCAGAUCUAAAGUGUUACUGUGAAGUUAAAUAAACAAAAUGCCAGAAUCUAUUCUCAUCCAGUGCAUGUAUAUAUGUCAAGUUGGCUUGUUGGAGCCAAGAUCAAUUAACAGUAAUGUUCCUCACACACCUCUAGUUUGGUUGCUGUUGAUGAAGUAACCGAAAAUAUGUCUCUACCCUGAGAGUUGCCAAGCCAAAAUACUCUGUUCCAGUUCAUGGCCGAAAAAAGUUGGGAAACACAUGUCCAUACGCUCAAGCUUUACCAGGAAUCAGUCUGCUGCAAUGGCAUAUCUCUCCUAACACUAGCUUGUUUCUUCCCCUGCCACUGUCUCUUCAUUUUUCAUACAUUCAGGUUAUUGUUCUGUGCCUUCUACAGGUUAGACCUCUUUUCCUGGUCAAAACAGCUAUUAUCUUCAGGUCCUAGACUUGCAUGGAUCUUGCAAAAUCCCUGUGCUGCCCAUGACUGGUAUAAUGUCCGAGAAGAAGUCGCAUGAAGUAGAAGUAAUGAGUGAAGUCAUUGCUCGUCUUGCAAAAGGCUUCGAUGCUAAUUGGAUCAUGGACCUAGGCAGUGGCAAGGGUUACUUGAGCUCAUCCUUGGUCCUUCAGUAUGGCCUAAAUGUUUUGGCCAUGGAUUCCAGCCCAGUCAACACCACUUCAGCUUUAACUCGAAAUACUAAGUUAGAGAAACGCCUGGAGAAGAUGAAGACUGCAGAGAAAUACCAAAAAGAGGGGAAGUUGAUUAAACGAGGAAAGAGGAAGAAGUCAAAAAAAGUGCUGAUACACAAACCUGUUUCUUCAGAUGAUAGUAUUGAUCAAAAUGAACAUGUCCAUGGUUCUUACAUUGGCCUCACUGCAUUUAUAACGGAGGAUACAGACCUUUUAGAGAUCUUGAAAGAAAGUUUAGCUGCCUCCAGAAAACAAGAUGCUAUGAAUGGAAAAGUGUUAGAUACUGUCGAUAAUCAUGAAGGAGUUUUAAAUGUAGUUCAAAAUGAUAGGAAGGAUAAUAGCACUUCUUCAGAAUGUGAGAUGGGAAAAAUUGAUGUUUUGAAUAAUCCUUUAGAACCAAAGGGAGACAAAGAAACCAGUUUAGGUAAUCAAAGUUCUCAUAGUCUAGAUGAACAUAGACUAGGUUUAGUGGGCCUCCAUACUUGUGGGAAUCUAGCAGCAAGUAGUAUCAGACUCUUCAUUUCAAACAGUAAAGUUAAAUUCAUGUGUAAUGUUGGUUGUUGUUAUCACCUGAUUGAAGAGGAGUUUUAUGAAAAUCCAUUCAGCACUAAAAAGAUGCAGGACACUGAUGUUGGAAAUGGGGAUAACCCAAAUAGAAAAUUACUAGAAGAGGACCAAGCAGAAGGUGAGAGCCCAUCCAAGAACAAGAGCAGGGCUGAAGAGGCCCAAGUGUCAGAAAGCCAGCAAGAACACACUCCGGCAACCGUGAGCUUUGAUCCCCUGCAUCCAUCUGAGAUCCCUAACUUGAGUGUGGGAUUCCCCCUGUCCUCAUUCCUGAGGGAGAAAAAGUUUGCCCUUGAAAGGAACACUCGCAUGUUGUCCUGUCAACCAGCAGAUCGUCUAACAGAACAGUCAUAUAAUGGUCUGAACUCUCUCUAUUGGCGUGCCCUGCUCCAGGUUUUGCUGAAAGAGAAAUUAGGGGACAAAUUUAAUGCCUCCCAAGUAGGUCGUAUUGCCAGUAAAUGCAAGGACUUCGCAGAGUAUUCCAGAAAAGCUUUUGAGAAAUUAGGAUUGAACAUUGAGGUUACUGAUGAGGCAUUGUAUGAUUAUGAAAGAAAUUAUGCAAACAACAGAGAGAAGAUAGAACGUUUCUUCCUUCUUCGUUCAACACUAGCGCCCUUGAUAGAAGGCCUCAUACUUCUAGAUAGACUAGCAUUUCUUUCUGAACAGGAGAACAUCAAAGCUGCAUAUCUAGUGCAGCUGUUCAACCCAGUCACAUCUCCCCGUUGUCAUGCAGUCAUUGGCGUUCGAAGCAAAUAAUAUUUCUGUUUUAGUAUUUAUUGUUAUGCAGCUUGAGUUUACAUUUUGUUAUUUAUAUAAUUUGCAUAUAUAUGUCGUGUUUGUUUUUCAUUAGUAUUGUAUAUUUUCUUUGUUUUUAUUUGUUAAUUUAUCUGUUUUAGGUACAUAGAAUCUACCUCUGGAAAAUGAAUUAACAAUUUCCUAUGCAAACAUUUUGUAUUAGAGGUGUAUUAAGGGGAUCAUCUGUUUUUGUUUUUUGUUUUUUUCCAAUUUCCUCUGCCAGUUUUGAUGAAAAUCACACCCUUUUAUCUAGACCCUGGCAAGAUCUCUUUUUUUUUUUUUUUUUUUUUUUUUUUUUUUUUCUCUCUCUCUCUCUCUCUCCACAUCAACCAAACAGUAUUUUAAUUAUAGUUAGAAAACCAAAAAAGGGCCAAAGAAAUAAAAAGAAAAUUGACCAAAGCAGGAAAAAAAAUAAAAAAUCCACAGAGACAAAAAACCCACCUUUCACACCAACAAUCCCAUGAAAUGCAAAUAUACAAAUACAGGGUGGUGUUACUGUAUGAAUAUUCAAUGUAUAUGUAUGUACAGAUCAUAACUGUGUAUUUUGUGACCUUAUAUUUAUAUAAAUUGUUACCGCCGUUUGUUUGUUUGAUUGUUGUUUGGUUGUUUUAUUGUUUAUUUCAAGGGUGACUCAUAGAGUUGUGAACAGAUUUUAAUAACUUUU